AUCACUCUAGAGUUGGUUUCGGUGCCCUUGUGUUAUUCUUAGCAUUCGUCAUACUGUAUGGCAAUUCUGUUUCCUCUAUGGGGCUGCGAAUGUUUCCAGGAACAAGAAUAGGCUUCAUCUUUUUCUUCCUCAUACAGGGAAGUGACUGACAUACAGUAAGGCAUCCCACAAAUUGUUCAAUGAAUCAACAGGAGGUGCAAUGGCCAGAGGAACAAUUUAUACGUAUGUAAGGCUAUGUAAAGGCACGUAAAGCCAAACCGCUGUGAAAACCGCCUUCAGAAGUCAGUCGGCUACUAGGCAAAUAUACAGAAGCACACAGGACAAAUCCAUUCAUUCUCCAGCUCCUACACGCCCGGGAAGCAGUUUUACUUUACAGCAAGUUCAAGAGUCGCACCGCAGAUGCUGUAAAAACGAAAGAAGCCCACAGUUGGGACAAGGAUUCCAGUUUUGCGUCACCGUCAAGGCGGGAAAGUUCCCGGCUGUCGGUUGGAGGGUGGGUCCUCGCCCUGCCCCCUCGGGCCGCCCUUCCGCGCCUCCGGGAGGCUUGUCCCAAGCUCACGGACCCCUCGCUGGGUGCCGGUUAAGACCCCGCUCCCCGUCGCCGGUGCUAUGGAGGCGGCGGCGGCGGUGGUGGCGGCAGAGGCGGAAGUGGAAAACGAAGACGGCGACAGCAGCUGCGGGGAUGUAUGCUUCAUGGACAAAGGCUUGCAGAGCAUAUCAGAAUUAUCUUUAGAUUCAACUCUUCAUGCCGUCAAUCUUCAUUGCAAUAACAUCUCCAAGAUCGAAGCCAUUGAUCAUAUCUGGAAUUUACGACAUCUAGAUCUGUCAUCUAAUCAAAUAAGUAGAAUUGAAGGACUAAACACACUGACAAAACUGUGCACAUUAAAUUUGUCCUGCAAUUUGAUUACAAAAGUAGAAGGACUUGAAGAACUAAUUAAUCUGACUAGACUAAAUGUAUCUUAUAACCACAUAGAUGAUCUUAGUGGAUUGAUUCCCCUUCAUGGAAUUAAGCAUAAACUUAGAUAUAUUGAUCUACAUAGUAAUCGUGUAGAUAGUAUCCAUCACUUACUUCAGUGUAUGGUAGGAUUGCACUUCCUGACCAAUCUUAUUUUGGAGAAAGAUGGAGACGAUAAUCCUGUCUGUCGACUGCCAGGGUACAGAGCAGUUAUUCUCCAGACUUUGCCACAGCUUAGAAUCCUAGAUUGCAAGAACAUAUUUGGUGAACCAGUAAAUUUGGCAGAAAUAAAUUCAUCACAGCUGCAGUGCCUAGAAGGUCUUUUGGAUAAUUUAGUUUCUUCUGAUUCUCCCCUAAAUAUAAGUGAAGAUGAGAUCAUUGAUAGAAUGCCAGUGAUAACAGCACCCAUCGAUGAGUUAGUUCCCUUGGAACAGUUUGCAAGUACACCAAGUGAUGCUGUGUUGACGUCUUUUAUGUCUGUGUGUCAAUCUUCUGAGCCAGAGAAAAGUAAUCAUGAAAGAAAUUUGCAGAAUGAGAUAAAACUUCAGAAAUUAGAUGACCAAAUUCUACAACUUCUAAAUGAAACUUCUAAUUCAAUAGAUAACGUUCCUGAGAAAGACCCCAGACCAAAAAGAGACACAGAUAUAACUUCUGAAAGUGACUAUGGAAACAGAAAAGAAUGCAAUAGAAAAGUUCCUCGAAGAUCAAAAAUCCCUUAUGAUGCCAAAACCAUUCAAACUAUUAAGCACCACAAUAAAAACUACAACUCUUUUGUAAGUUGUAAUCGUAAAAUGAAACCACCUUACCUUAAAGAAUUAUAUGUAAGCUCAUCUUUAGCAAACUGUCCUAUGUUACAAGAAUCAGAAAAGCCAAAGACUGAAAUAAUUAAAGUAGACCAAAGUCACUCAGAAGACAACACUUACCAGUCCCUUGUUGAACAGCUAGACCAAGAGAGAGAGAAGAGAUGGAGAGCUGAGCAAGCCGAAAAUAAACUCAUGGAUUAUAUUGAUGAGCUGCAUAAACAUGCAAAUGAAAAAGAGAAUAUUCAUAGUCUGGCUCUACUUACCACAGAUAGGCUAAAGGAAAUUAUUUUUAGAGAGAGAAAUUCCAAAGGACAACUCGAAGUUAUGGUUCACAAACUUCAAAAUGAAAUUAAAAAACUGACUGUUGAACUAAUGAAAGCAAAAGAUCAACAAGAGGAUCACCUUAAACACUUAAGAACCCUCGAAAAAACAUUAGAAAAAAUGGAGAGACAAAAAAGGCAGCAGCAGGCAGCACAGAUAAGACUGAUCCAAGAGGUGGAACUCAAAGCUUCAGCUGCCGAUAGAGAAAUAUACUUACUUAGAACUUCCCUUCAUCGAGAAAGGGAACAAGUGCAACAACUUCAUCAACUUCUUGCAUUGAAAGAACAGGAACACAGGAAGGAACUUGAAACAAGGGAGUUUUUUACUGAUGCUGACUUCCAGGAUGCCUUAGCUAAAGAAAUAGCCAAAGAAGAGAAAAAGCAUGAGCAAAUGAUAAAAGAAUACCAAGAGAAAAUUGACGUGUUAAGCCAGCAGUAUAUGGAUUUAGAAAAUGAAUUCCGUAUUGCUUUAACUGUUGAAGCCAGAAGAUUUCAAGAUAAUCAAAUCAACACCCUUGAAAUUUUAAUUGAAGAUGACAAGCAGAAGAGUAUUCAAAUAGAACUUCUCAAGCACGAAAAAGUCCAGCUUAUUUCUGAGCUAGCAGCCAAGGAAUCACUAAUAUUUGGUUUAAGGACAGAAAGAAAAGUAUGGGGACAUGAGCUGGCACAACAAGGAUCUUCUCUAGCCCAAAAUCGUGGAAAAUUGGAGGCUCAAAUUGAGAGUUUAUCUAGAGAGAAUGAAUGUCUGCGAAAGACAAAUGAAAGUGAUAGUGAUGCAUUAAGAAUAAAGUGCAAAAUCAUAGACGACCAAACUGAAACUAUUAGAAAAUUAAAAGAUUGUUUACAAGAAAAAGAUGAACACAUCAAAAGAUUACAAGAAAAGAUCACAGAAAUAGAAAAAUGCACUCAAGAACAACUUGAUGAAAAAUCUUCACAACUGGAUGAGGUACUUGAGAAGUUGGAAAGGCACAAUGAAAGAAAAGAAAAACUAAAACAACAGUUGAAAGGAAAGGAAGUAGAACUUGAAGAAAUCAGAAAAGCUUACAGUACACUGAAUCGGAAGUGGCAUGAUAAAGGAGAACUUCUAUGUCAUCUUGAAACACAAGUAAAAGAAGUGAAAGAAAAAUUUGAAAACAAGGAAAAGAAACUUAAAGCGGAAAGAGACAAAAGUAUUGAACUACAAAAGAAUGCAAUGGAAAAACUUCAUAGUAUGGAUGAUGCCUUUAAAAAACAAGUUGAUGCAAUUGUUGAAGCUCAUCAAGCUGAAAUAGCACAGCUGGCCAAUGAAAAGCAGAAGUGUAUUGAUUCUGCAAAUUUAAAGGUCCAUCAAAUUGAAAAAGAAAUGCGUGAACUUUUGGAAGAAACAUGCAAGAACAAAAAAACAAUGGAAGCAAAAAUUAAGCAACUUGCUUUUGCUUUAAAUGAAAUUCAGCAAGAUAUGUGAUGGUUCUGAGAAUGAAUUUAAUUGAAAUGGACCAGCAGACCUAUUGUAAAAAUGAUUAAAUAUUGUAAUAGUAGUAACUGCUAUGACUUUGAAA